ACGACACGCAAUUGGAUACAAAUGUCACCUGACCCUCCCCUGACUUUCAUUUCCCAUUCCACAGUGCUAGCACUGCCUUAGUGAAUGAAACCUGAAACGCUAGACUGAGAAACUGCUCAUAGAAUAGAAUAGGAAACUUGACUUACGCACGUACGACAUGGUACUGUAAGAGGGUUUUCGUUUGGCGUACGUGCGUACGUCGUGGUGUUGAAGUGGUUAAGAGUUUUAACCAGUCCCUUGCCUUAAUGUAAUUACCAUUUUGCAUUAUUCUGUUGCUGCACAGACACUUUCCUUUAACUAGCUUUCAUUGAAAUUCACUAAUUCUUUGGAAUGUUAACUUUCCAUUGUCUGAAUUACUCUUUCCUUAGUUAUUUAUCAUACGUCUCGCAACUAACGACUCUAUCUGCUCAAUAGAGUAAUAUGACUUUCUGGAAUGAGGAAAUCAAGGACAACUGGAUGAAAAUCAACCGUUUAUAAAUCUCAGCAUUGGAGACAAAUAGUCAAAGGAAAUAUCUUGAUGAAGAAAUGGGUCAAGAAGGAGGCAAGUCAGCCUGGCCCAAACCGGCAGGAGGCUAUCAGACAAUCACAGGAAAGAGAUACGGAAGAAGACAUGCUUACAUUAGUUUUCGUCCAACCUUGGCCAAACAAGAAAAUUCAUCCAAAGAGAACAAUGGGGAGUGUGGAGGAAUGGAGAUGAACAGUGUGCCCAAGGAGAAUGCUUUAUCAUCAACUGGGGCCAUCAGCUCAACAUUGCACACUAUAUUCCCUGCAGCAAAUAAUUCAGUUGUGCCAGAAAUUAACGGAGCAACAAUAUUCAAGGAAGGUUCUGGCAGGAAAAAUGCAGUGUCAAAGAAAGGUACUGAAGCUGCUGGUUGCUCGUCUAAAAUGUUGUUGGAGGAUGAGCAAACUGUGUCCAAUAAUGCUGAGAAUGGUUCCAGACCAAAGAAAAGUUCAGAGGCCUGUGCUUGGCCAACUCUGGAAGAUAAUGAAACCUGUUCUAGAAGCCCAGCUGGACUGGGUUUUGUAAAUAUUGACUCUUAUGAGUCAGAUAGCAGUGGUGGGAAGGAAGAUGACUCAUCUGUGGACUCAUCAAUAGGAACGCGUCCUGGACUUCAGAAGCGAUUAAACAACAUGAUUUGUGAGUUAGAGAAAGAAUUUGACUAUCUCAGUGGUCUACACUCCUACUUGUACACAAAGUCAUGUGAGGAAGUUGAACCUGUGCCGAAAAAUGGGUGCUGUGGGACAGACCUUGAAGAAUCCAAUGAAAGCAAUAGAAUGUUUCAGGGGAGAUUGUCUAGGCUAACUGAGGAAAGUUUAGAUAAAUCUAGCUUAUGUGAUAUGAAACAAAACGAGUUAGAUGGUGCUGAGGCAGCCAUCACUCCAGUGAGUGAUUGCAGUAUUGAACUCUUUGAUGGUAACAGUGACCAGGGGUCAUUGUCUUCAGAGAUGGUGGUGAGACCAAAAGUAAGGAAGCAAAAUGGUGAAGACAACCUAGAGCGAAGGAAGCAGUCCCAGUCAGAUGACUCAAAACAUGGGACCAGCAUACAAAAGAAACAUUGGGAUGGCCAGUGGAGUUCUAAUACACCUUUCUUAAUGACUCGCACAGAAAAAGUGAGUAAGGAAUCCCGAUGUGAAUCUGCACAUACUGAAUCUGCCAGUAAAGGAGCAAUGCAAGCUGAAAGAAAAAAGAAAGCAACAGAGUUGCUAAGUUGUAAGCUUGACGAAGAGGAUGACCUCUGGGAAGAUUUUGAAGAACUCAAAAAAUGUUGUGCAUCCUUUGGAAAGGAUGAUAGUUCUGAAUGCAGUGAAGGAGAAUGGUCUCCUACCUGGACCUCUGAUUCUGCUGUGGACAAGGAGCAGUCCUCCAGUGAUGAAAGCUGGGAGACCCUCCCUGGAUUGGAUGAACCAGAACAUGAGAUUCUGAGCAGCAGCAGUAGCAGCUUGGAUGAUGUUCCAGAGCUCAACUUUCAUUCCGAAGAGCAAGCAUCCUUAGAAGAGGGAGAAAUCCCUUGGCUUCCCUACCAAGAGGAAACGGAUAGCAGCAGUGAUGACGAUACAGACGGAAUGAGCCAGUUUCUUCAUCCGGGUCUUUUUAUGUUAGAUGGGAACAACAAUUUUGAAGAUGAUUCCAGUGUGAGCGAAGAUUUUGAUGCUGAGUGGAGAUUACUAGAUGAAUUUGGUGAAGGUUUUGGAGUGGCUCAAGCUUUUUCCUAUGUGGACCCACAGAUGCUUACUUAUAUGGCUCUUGAAGAGCGGUUAGCUCAGGCUAUGGAGGCUGCCCUGGCUCAUCUUGAGUCUUUGGCUAUUGAUGUUGAACAAGCUCACCCCCCAGCCACUGAAGAAAUCAUUGAUCGUCUGCCACAGGUUGCAGUGCUGGAAGAUCACCAUGGCCAGGAACAGUGUUGCGCCAUCUGCUGCUGUGAAUAUAUGAAAGAUGAAAUCGCAACAGAACUUCCCUGUCGUCAUGUAUUUCAUAAAUCCUGUGUGACCCGAUGGUUACAAAAGUCGGGAACAUGUCCGGUGUGCCGCCAUGUCCUGUCCCCUGCGCUCCCUGACUGCGCUGUGGCUACAACCUUUGUGUUGGAUCACGACACUCCUCCAUCCACCCACAGUGCGGCAGGAACACGGUGAAGAACAAAAAACAAAGUUAGAUUUAAAAAAAAAAAAAAGAAAAGGAGACUUUAUAGUUAUUAUUAUUUCAAUGCUAGAAGAUAACGAAAACAUACAGACUAAGAAACCUCUAAUACAUGACAUGUUUAAUCAUUGAUUUUAGUUUAACAAGUGUGAAAUAUUUAAAAUUGUGAAGUCUCAGUGAUAGGCUGCACCUGUUUUCUGAGAAAAUAUUGUCAUACUGUCUUUAACAAGCAUUUGUUUAUAUUUUUGUUUUGUUUAGAAAAAAACAGCAACUUGUAAAUGGUUAGAUGAAUUGGGCUUUUGUGAUGCAAUCUUACAUUGAAAUGUUAAAAUAAGUUUAGUGCAAUAAAGAGUAUUACAUUUGCUUUUACUAAUAAAUAAAUUCACAGCUCAA